GCUGCAUGUAAGCCACUCCCCCUAAUCUCCCCCUUUCCCUUCUCCUCUUCCUUACUGUCCCCUUCUUCUCCCAGACAGACCCUGCCCUUUCCUUUCUGUCGCCCGGUCUGUGGAUGUUCUUGUAGCGGGUUGGGACUGACAAUGGGAAGCGUUCUCAGCGGCCUGCAAUGCUGACACUCCACUCCCUCCUGCUGGCUGUUCACGUUAAGCGCUCCCUGUGCCCCCUUUGAAUGUCCGUCACUAUGGCUAAGCGUGAGACCGGCAGCACCAGCCCUGUCGUCAGGCAGAUAGACAAGCAGUUCCUGGUCUGCAGCAUUUGUUUGGACCAUUAUCACAACCCCAAGGUCCUGCCCUGCCUGCACACCUUCUGUGAGAAAUGCCUACAGAACUACAUCCCUCCCCAGUCUCUGACGCUGUCCUGUCCAGUAUGCAGGCAGACCUCUAUCUUGCCAGAGAAGGGUGUGGCAGCCCUGCAGAACAAUUUCUUCAUCACAAACCUAAUGGAGGUGUUACAGCGAGACCCAGAGUGCAGCCGACCUGAGGCCUGUAAUGUUCUUGAGUCAGCCAGUGCAGCUACGGCCUGUCAGCCCCUCUCUUGCCCCAACCAUGAGGGCAAGGUGAUGGAGUUUUACUGCGAGUCAUGUGAAACCGCCAUGUGUCUGGAGUGCACAGAAGGAGAACACAGGGAACAUGUGACGGUUCCUCUGAGGGAUGUGCUGGAACAGCACAAGUCGGCGCUAAAGAAUCAGCUGGAUGCUGUGCGCAACAGACUACCUCAGCUGACGGCUGCCAUUGAGCUUGUGAACGAGAUCUCCAAGCAGCUUACAGAGCGGAAAAAUGAGGCAGUGACUGAAAUCAGUAACACGUUUGACGAGCUGGAGAAGGCCUUACACCAACGCAAGACCGCUCUCAUCACUGAGGUGGAAAACAUCUGCAGCACUAAGCAGAAGGUUCUUCAAGCCCAGCUGACCUCUUUGCUUCAGGGCAAAGAGAACAUUCAAAGCAGCUGUAACUUCACAGAGCAGGCCCUGAGCCAUGGCAGCGCCACUGAGGUCCUGUUGGUCCAGAAGCAGAUGGGUGAGCGGGUCAGUGCCCUGGCGCGACACACCUUUCCCGAGCAUCCUCAUGAAAAUGGACAUCUGGAAUGCCAGGUUGAGACGGAUGGCCUGAGGCGCUCCAUCCAGAACCUGGGAGUCCUCAUCACAACGGGGACUGUCGGCCAUACUAGUGUUGCCACCGGUGAAGGUCUGCGACAUGCACUGGUCGGCCAGCACACCACUGUCACAGUCACUACUAAAGACAAGGAUGGAGAACUAGUAAAGACUGGUAAUGCUUCUCUGAGGGCAGAGAUUAUUUCUGCAGAGGGAGUGCGCACUAUAGCUGAGGUGGCGGACAACAAGAACGGCACCUAUGAGGUCGGAUACACCAUCCGCUCAGAGGGAGAGUUCUCCUUCUCUUUGCUGCUGUACGAGCAACCUGUGAGGGGGAGUCCGUUCCGCUUGCGUGCAGUCAAGCCGUCAGAUGUCCUGCAGUCACCAGACGACGUGAAGAGAAGAGUGAAGUCUCCGAGUGGAGGAGGAGGUCAUGUUCGACAGAAGGCUGUGCGUAGACCCUCCAGCAUGUACAGCACCACCAAGAAAAAGGAAAACCCAAUAGAGGAUGAGCUGAUCUACAGAGUGGGAACAAGAGGGCGAGAUAAAGGAGAAUUCACUAACUUACAAGGCAUCUCCACCUCCAGUAAUGGACGGAUUGUGGUGGCAGAUAGCAACAACCAGUGCAUACAGGUAUUCACAAACGAUGGCCAGUUUAAGAUGCGGUUUGGGGUCAGAGGUCGUUCACCAGGGCAGCUGCAGAGGCCCACGGGGGUCACAGUGGACAUGAAUGGGGACAUAAUUGUUGCUGAUUACGACAACAGAUGGAUUAGCAUCUUCUCCUCGGAUGGCAAGUUCAAGAGCAAAAUCGGCGCCGGGAGAUUGAUGGGGCCCAAAGGUGUGGCUGUGGAUAAGAAUGGACAUAUCAUCACGGUUGAUAAUAAGGCCUGCUGUGUCUUCAUCUUCCAAUCAAACGGGAAGCUGGUGACAAAGUUCGGCGCCAGAGGAACAUCAGACAGACACUUUGCAGAAAAAAGUGGUGCAAACAUUGCACUGGAACAAAAGAUUAGUAAAUCUGGCCCGGUUUUCAGUCCUCACUUUGUGGCCGUGAAUAACAAAAAUGAAAUUGUUGUAACAGACUUUCACAACCAUUCAGUCAAGGUAUACAAUGCCGAUGGGGAGUUCCUGUUUAAAUUUGGGUCCCAUGGAGAGGGGAACGGCCAGUUCAAUGCUCCAACAGGCGUGGCUGUGGAUGCCAACGGAAAUAUCAUUGUUGCUGAUUGGGGCAACAGUCGGAUCCAGGUGUUCGACAGCUCAGGGUCCUUCCUGUCAUACAUCAACACAUCAGCGGACCCCCUUUACGGCCCUCAGGGUCUGGCCCUCACAUCUGAUGGUCACGUGGCGGUGGCGGACUCUGGGAACCACUGCUUCAAGGUCUACCGCUACUUGCAGUAGAAACCUGAGACGGACAUCUUCACCACUGCAACCACUGACAACGACACAACCAAUGUAUUCCACAGGGUGCAAUCCAAUACAGCCUUUUGAUGUGCACAUCAGAUGAUCUCCCGGAUAUAACUAAGUGUCUGAUCCUGAGUUUACCCUCCCUAUGAUGUGUGUUGAAGGUUGUUUGUAAAGUUGGAUAAUGUAGCAUCCUUGGGACAAGUAAUGGACUUAAAGCUAUGGACUGGUUUUAGAGAAUGUCAAAAAACAUGUUUGUGUGUUGUACGCUGUUGGUGGUAUUAUUCAACCACACUUUCUGUGAGACCGGACAGGGUAGGAUAUAGAUUGAAGUAUUUAAUGAGCCAUAACUUGUUGCAUGACGUUCUUUUAUUUAUCUUAAUGCCUAAGCAACAACACAUUGUACUCACCGGUUGCUUUUCUCAUGAACUAGUUAUUGCUUACAGUGAAAUGAACAACGCUACGCUUCUCCAGACAUGAAAUGUAACAUUUUGCAUUUAUUGACAUCUCAGAUAAAAACAUGUCAUCAA